AUGAGCACGCUUUGCGUGCCACUGCGGGCCUUGGCCAAUCCCGCCACAGCUAUCCGGCCAUCAACAGUUUCGAUCAGCGCAUACGUCGGUUUCGGAACUAAAUAUUCACUAUCAUCAUCGCCAUUGUCUCGCACAAUCUCUACCAGUCCAUGUGGACUUUGGCAGCAUGUUUCUACUUCACUUCGCUCUUCCUCGUGCCGGAGCUUUUCAAUAAACGCCCCGACACUCUCGUCCGUAGAAGCCAUUGGCCAGACAAGAAACGGAUCGAAGACAAAUGUCCCGUCGCAGCGAAAGCUCAAGUACUUGAUUGUGCUCGGCGUACUUGGUGUCGGCGCAUUUGCAUACCGUGAGAAACUCAGCCAUCUGUACCAGGCGGCGCAGAGAAGUGGUCGAGUAGCUGGUGCUUUGGCUGUCUGUAUCAACGACUAUCGCGUUACCCUCAAUAAAGAAACCUCCUCCCCGGCCGAACGCAAUGCUGAGCUCAGCGCAUGCCACAAGCGCUGUGCUGAGCGUACCUUGCGUGUUCUCGAGAAAAACGGAUCUGUGUUUAUCAAGUUGGGCCAGCAUCUCAGUAGUAUGAGCUAUCUGCUUCCCCUUGAAUGGACCACAACCUUCAUCCCGCUACAGGACAACUGCCCCGUUUCGUCAAUUGAGUCAGUUAGAGAAAUGUUCCUGAAGGAUACCGGUCAAUCAAUUGAUGAGCUAUUCACUUCGUUUGAACCGGUGCCCAUUGGUGCUGCUUCAUUGGCCCAGGUACAUAUUGCCACACUGCGGAGUACUGGAGAGAAGGUUGCGGUCAAGGUUCAGCACCCUGCUCUGGCUGAAUGGGUGCCACUAGAUGUCGCAUUGACUAGUUUCACUUUUGCGACUCUCAAGCGAUUCUUCCCGGAAUACGAUUUGGAAUGGCUAUCGAGAGAGAUGCAAAUUUCCCUACCGCAGGAGUUAGAUUUCCGUAUGGAAGCUCAAAAUGCAACAGAGGCUAGCGCGUAUUUCAGAAAGCACUCUGAUGCACCGCUCGUGAUCCCCAAAGUCAUGUGGUCGCAAAAGCGCAUCCUUGUUAUGGAAUUCAUCUCCGGUGCCCGCCCCGACGACCUUGAUUUUCUAGACCGCAACAACAUCGACCGGGAUGAAGUUUCAGCAGCCUUUGCCCAUAUCUUCAACGAGAUGAUCUUCGGCGACGAAGCUCCCUUGCACUGUGAUCCGCACGGUGGCAACAUUGCCAUCCGCGUCAACCCUGACCGUAGUCACCCAAACUUCGAUAUCGUUCUAUAUGAUCACGGACUUUACCGUAAAAUCCCCCGCGAGAUACGCCGAAACUAUGCUAAGCUCUGGUUGGCCGUCAUUAAUGUGGAUGUCCCCCGCAUGCGCGAGUAUGCGUACAAGGUUGCCGGCGUCACUGAUGAGCAGUUCCCUCUCUUCGCCAGUGCCAUCACCGGUCGUGACUACAGUACUUUGACGCAGAAGAGCGUUGUCUCCUCGCGGACCGUUGAGGAGAAAGACAAUAUCUCCGGUGCUCUGGGUGAUGGCAUGCUGCAGCAGUUGGUCGAGUUGCUGGGCCAAGUGCCGCGUAUUAUGUUACUGAUUCUCAAGACCAACGAUCUUACUCGAAGUCUUGAUGAGAACCUGCACACCCGUCAAGGUCCCAUGCGCACGUUCCUGAUUCUGGCCCGCUACGCCACGCGCUCCGUUUUCGAAGAACAGUUGGAAUCCAUCCAAGAAUCAGGUGGUGUCUUCCUGAAUUUCUUUCGCUAUCUCGCUGCCUGGGCCGGCUUCCUGCGUGUCGAGGUAAAGCUGUCCGUCUAUGAAACGGUCUUAUCUCUGAAGAGCCGGUUCGGGAUUCGCAGUGGCUGA